UUGCACCUCAUCCCACUGAAAUUUCUGUAUUACCGAUCUCUUCAUUUACUGCUUUUGAUUUUCCGGCAUUCUGAUCCAACAUUCCACACGCUUCUCUCUCAAAACUCUUGAUUACUCGGAGGAAGUAAUCACGUUUCUCCUACGACUCUCUCAAUUACUUCUCUUAUUCUUUGGCGCUCUUACGAACUCCCUCAAUUUCCACUACUCUUCUUUUCUGAGUGUUAAGACUAGACCAAAGCCAUGGAAGAGGCCUUUCUCGCUGCGGCCCUUCCGGUGCUGUUUGAAAAAUUGGUACGCGGUGGGCUGCGGUUUGCACUUCAAGAUGGUGUACGAUCGAAGAUAGGAAAGUGGGAGCAAAAGUUGAAGAUGAUUGGGGCAGUGCUCAUUGAUGCAGAGGAGAAGCAACUGACGGAGAAAGCUGUGAAAAUGUGGCUGGAAAAUUUACAAGACUUGGCUUAUGAUGUUGAGGACAUUCUGGAUGAAUUUGCAACUGAAGCUUUUCGGCGCAGAUUAAUGGCAGAUAGUCUUCCUAGCUCUAUCCCAGCUUGUUUCACUGCUUUGAGCCCAACUGCUAUUAAGCUCAAAUUGAGUAUGUGGUCCAAGAUAAAAGAUAUCAACAUUAGGUUGGAAGAACUCAGUGAAACAAAAGACCAGCUUGGUUGAUCAAAGCAAAUUCUGCAGGCCCAUCAACUGCUGCAGUCUCAAGACCAAGUGAUACAACUUCUCUAACCAAAUCUUCUUUUUUUGGUAGAGAUGAUGAUAAAGCCAAAAUACUUGAAAUGGUGUUAAUGGAUAAACCAAUUGAUGACAAGUGUCAUGUGAUAGCCAUUGUUGGCAUGGGAGGAAUUGGCAAAACAACACUUGCUCAGGAGGUGUACAAUCACAAAGCGGUUGAAGAUUUCAAUGUAAAAGCAUGGGUUCAUGUUUCUGACGACUUUGAUGUUUUGAGAAUCUCAAAAGCAAUUUUUGAGUCAAUUACUCGCUCCUCCUGCAAUCUGACCAAUUUAGAUCCUGUCCAGGCUGAAUUGAGAGAGUUUGUACGAGGCAGAAAAUUCUUACUUGUCUUAGAUGACGUUUGGAGUACGGAUUAUGACAAGUGGGAGUCCUUGAAAUCUCCUUUUAUGGCUGGAGCCCAGAAGGGUAGGAUAAUUGUGACAACACGCAACCUUGAAGUUGCAUCAAGGAUCCCCGGAUCCACCAAAAGUCAUGAAUUAGCACUCCUAGCAGAUCAGGAUUGUUGGUCCGUGUUCACUGAGCAUGCAUUCAGGCAUAGAGUUACUGGUGCAGAUUCAAAUUUGAUCUCAGCUCGUGAGAAAGUUAUUGCAAAGUGUGGAGGCUUGCCCCUAGCUGCAAAAGCUCUUGGUGGCUUGCUCUCUCGUCAAACGGUGAACGAGUGGGAGGGGAUACUGAACAAAAAAAUCGGGAAUGAGUCAUAUGAUAAUGAUGAAAUUCUACCGGUAUUAAGAUUAAGCUAUUACCACCUUCCUUGGCAUUUAAAAAGAUGCUUUGCUUAUUGUGCUAUUUUUCCAAAGAACUUUGAGUUUGUGGAGAAACAACUUGUCUUUUUAUGGAUGGCAGAAGGUCUUAUUCAGCCAACAGAAAACAAUAAACAACUGGAAGAAAUUGGUGGUGAGUAUUUUCGAGAUUUAUUGUCAAUAUCCCUUUUUCAACAGUCAAGUAGAGAUAACACUAAAUUUAGAAUGCAUGAUCUGGUCCAUGAUCUAACCCAGUGGGUUUCUAAAAGGACAUAUUUAGAGUUGAAAGAUGAAUUGGGAUCCAGGGAGCAAUAUAUCAGAACGGCUCGCCAUUCUUCUUACAUGUCUAGUAAUCAUGAUGGUAAGAAAAAAUUUGAACUCCUCUGUGAAGCUAAGCGUCUAAGGACAUUCUUGCCGCUGAAGCUAUAUGAAGAUGGUACUCGUUACAUAACUUCUAUGGUUCUUUAUGAUUUGUUGCCAAAGUUAGAAAGCUUAAGGGUGCUAUCUUUAGCAACAUAUUAUAUCAUUAAGCUACCAGAUUCAAUCGGAGGCUUGAUACAUUUAAGGUACCUCAACCUUUCUCAAACCAAGAUAAGAAGUUUACCAAAGUCAACAAGUUCGUUGUACAACUUACAGAUUUUGUUAUUGACAGAUUGUUGUAAUCUCACAGAGCUACCUGCCAAGAUAAGGAAUUUGAUCAAUCUACGUCAUCUUGAUAUUGCUGGUGCAAAUUCAAUAACAGAGAUGCCUUUGGGGAUGAAAGAAUUGACAUGCCUCCAGACAUUAUCUAAUUUUAUAGUGGGGAAAGAUACCGGAUCUGAUUUAGGUGAUUUGAAGUGUCUGAAGGAUCUGCGUGAAAAGCUCUGUAUCUCAAAGCUGGACAAUUCAAAGAAUCCAAGAACAUUCAUACUAAGAGAUAAGUGUUACCUAAAGGUGUUGGCGUUAGAAUGGAGCUCUCAACUUGAUCACUCACGAGAUAAUGCAGAACAAAAAAAUGUACUAGAAUGCCUAAAACCUCAUGAAAAUCUGAAAGAACUCACAAUCAAAUGUUAUGCAGGUUCAGAAUUUCCAAGUUGGGUUGGGAAUCCAUUAUUCUCUAAAUUGGUGGCCCUGAGGUUGGAAAGUUGUAAAAAUUGCAGUUCUUUGCCUCCACUGGGGUUACUGACAUCGCUCAAAGACCUCACCAUAAAAAAUAUGACAGGAAUAAAAAGAAUUGGUUCUGAGAUAUAUGGAGACGGUUGCUUUCAAUCAUUGGAGAAUCUUUGUUUUCAGGAUUUGGAAGAAUGGGAGCGCUGGGAUCCUAUCCAAGAAAAUGAUAAUGUUAGAAGAUUCCCUCACCUUCGGAAGCUUUGCAUUAAAAAUUGCCCCAAACUCUCUGAAGCACCACUUGAUUAUCUUCAAUCAUUGGAGAAACUUGUGAUUUUUGAAUGUGUGCAAUUGGCGGUUUGGUUCUCAAGACUUGCGACGCUCUGUGAACUAGAAAUAGAAGGAUGCAAAGAGAUGGUGUGCAAUAGUCUGACUGACUCCAAGUCACUAAAGUCUAUGACUCUUUCAGAUUUUUCUGACUUUGGAAAUUGGUUAAGACAAGAGCCGUCUAUCCUCACCUCCCUCCAGGUGCUAUGCAUUAAGAAUUGCAAUGCUCUAAAUUCAUCUUUACUUGCAGGUCUGAAAAAUUUCUCUCUUCUUGAAUGCCUGGAAAUCAAAGGUUGUGAUUCUCUGGAAUCCAUUUCCAGAGAGCAGUUGUCUUCAUCACUGAAAAGGUUGUCAGUAAUAAAUUGUAAGCAAUUGCAAAGUUUGUUGGAUGGUGGAGACAAUUCUUCUUCAGUGAUCAAUGAAUCUCUUCUUGAAUGCUUGUACAUAUCCGAAUGCUCAUCUCUCACAUGCUUAUUCUUAGAAGGCCCAUUACUUGCAGCGCUCAAAUUUCUUGAGAUUCAGAAAUGCUCACAGCUCACGGCAUUACCAUCAAGAGGUGAGUUACCUGCAGUAGUCAAACAUCUUCAGAUUUGGAAAUGCUCAGAACUCACAACCUUAUUGGUAAGAGACCACUUACCAGAGGCGCUUGAGUACCUUCGAAUUACUAAGUGCCCCAAGCUUGAGUUAAUAGCAACAAGGUUUCAUAAUAACAUGCCUCUUCGUGUUAUUAAUAUCUCAGAUUGUGAAAAAAUUGAAUCCUUACCUGAUGGUUUACACAAUCUUAGCCUUCUUCAGUGGAUUGAUAUAAAUGACUGUCCAAGUCUCGUUUCCUUCCCAAGAGGAGGGCUUCCCAACUCCAUUGUUAGCGUUUCAGUGGAUAGAUGUGAGAAACUUGAAGGCUUACCAACCAGAAUGCAAACCCUCAACUGUCUUCAAGAAUUAACCAUUCGUAAAUGUCCAAGAAUCCCAUCAAUUUCUGCGGAAAGCUUUCCCUUCAACCUAACAUCACUCUCUGUUGAAGAUCUAACUAUCUGUGAAUUAUCGCUUUUUGAAUGGGGGUUGCACAGGUUCGAAUGUCUUAAACAUCUGUCUAUUUUCGGAUGCUUAGAUGUAAUCUCUUUUCCGCAGGACAAAAUGCUGCCUACCUCUUUAACUAAGCUGGAGAUUCGAAAAUUCCUGAAAUUGAAACGCUUAUCUUCCUUGGGUUUUGACAACCUCACCUCACUUGAAUAUUUGUUGAUAAGAGAAUGCCCAAUUCUCACUUCUCUUCCAGAGAUGGGUCUCCCAUCUGCACUUUUAAAUUUGUAUAUUAUUGAUUGUCCUGUGCUGGAAAAAAAGUGCAAGAAGAUGAAAGGAGAAGAGUGGUCCAAGAUAGUUCACAUUCCUUGUGUUGAGAUAAAUCACAAAUUCAUCCAUGAAGAAUAAGCUGUAGUGAACUCAAGAACAAUGAAAGAUAGUAGAAUAUCACAUUUGCCACAUACUAUCUUUGUACUCUGAGUGGGAUGCAAGUGGAGUACUUGAAUUGGAAUUUGGAGUACAGCUUCCGUUAUUAAGACCUUUAGGCUUAAAGCUUUCUGGUAUAAUAGUGUGCGCAAGCUUGAAGUUAUAUGAUUGAUACUAUGGUUGGCACUUGGCAGAUAUGGGUUUCAGUCAGAUGAUCAGUUUAUUUGCAUUGACGAGGUAGACCAAAAGCACAGUGAUUGUAGAGGCAUAAAUUUUUUCCACAAAUCUCUUGCAUCUUCUGAUGCCUUCUACCCCAUCUAUAUAUAAAUAUUUUCAAUUCAUUCCUAUAUGUGAUUGCAAGAUGUUACGAACAAUCCAAAUAUAUUUAGCAUAGGCAAAGUAAUGGUUUUAGAUUUAAAGCCUUGAAUCUUUUGGUUUUACAAGGUUAUGGUUAAAUGACAGUAUUUAUGCUUCUACUUACAGUUGUUUAAUAGCACUAAUUUGUUUGUGUACAAUGCAUUUGUGAAAAUCUUAUGACAUCUUU